CUCGGUUACGUCCUAACGCCUGCGCCGCGCAGCCACUCCGGCCAGUGAAGAGAAGGAGCGGGGCCUCGGCCGGAAGUAGCGGGCCGGAGGCGUUGGCGUUGUGCCGACCUUCCCUAUUGAGCCGCCCGGACUGCCCGAGUCAAUGGCUGCAGGGUUGCGGGCACGUGACAGGGCGGAGCCUCUGCCGGAAGGGGUGGACUGCGUGAGUGACCGCGUUCCACGAUAUGGAUCAGAAACUGUCAAAGUUGGUGGAAGAGCUCACAACUUCAGGUGAACUCCAACUGAAUCCUCAGAAAAUGAAGGAACUAAAGAAAACUUGCAAGUCAAUCAUCCCAUGCCUUCUCCACCUGGAAAGGAACCACCAAAACAGCUAGACAUGGUGUCCCAUGCCUGUGAUCUCAGCACUCCAGAGCUGAGGUCUUCCGAGGAGCAGCUGAGCCAUGCCUACCGCCUGCUGAUGACACAGCUGACCCAAGACCAUGCAGAGAUCCGCCUCUCAGCCUUCCAGAUCAUGGAUGAGCUCUUCUCCAGGUCUCACCAGUUCAGGAUGCUGCUCAUUUCUGACUUCCAGGAAUUCCUGGAGCUCACUCUGGGCACAGACCACGACCAGCCCCUGCCACCCCCGCGGGAGGUGGCCCAGAGGCUGAGGCAGGCAGCCAUGCAGGCUGUGGAAAGUUGGAAUGAAAAGUUUGGGGAGGCCUAUAAGAAGCUAGCUUUGGGCUACCACUUCCUAAGACACACCAAAAAGGUGGAUUUUCAGGAUGUGAAUGCUAGGACUGUGGCAGAAAGAAAGCGAGAAGAAGAGAAACAGAAGCACAUGGAUAAAAUCCACAGAGAAAGUGCUGAGCGCGCUGAGAGGGAGAUGGAAGAAAUGUCUGAUGAAAUUAGAUGCUGCCUGACAGAAGUGGAGAACUGCUUCAGGUUGCUGGUGCCCUUGGAAUUACUUGACGAGGUGCCUGACACAACAGAGGGCUGUGUUCCUUGCUCCUUGAGCCCAGGCUGGGUAGCCCCUUGUGGAUCUGUCCCCCUUGGGCCUCAGGAUGAGGAGCAACCAUGCUGCAGUAAGGAUCUUUCUGCCUCUGCAUGCCACAUAGGACCUGCUGCUGGUGGGGAGCCACCACCUCAGACAGUCACACAGGACUCCUCGGAGGAUGAAGAUGAGGACAGUGGCCCAGAGGAGUUCCUGCGGAACCAUGGGCUGGGCUCCCACAAAUAUACACUGGACGUGGAGUUCUCCACUGAUGGCCCAAAGGUACAGGAGAAUGAAGACAACCUUGCUGUCCUCCAUGCUGCCCGUGAUGCACUGAAGCUUAUCCGGAACAAGUUCCUGCCAGCUGUGUACUCCUGGGUCCAGCGAUUUACUCGUGCAGGGAUCUAUGAUGCACACUUAAAGCGAGCCGUCGACCUGAAACUAGAAUUGGAACUUGCUCUGAAGAAGUAUGAGGAGUUAGACAUCAAGCCCAAGGGAGGACAGAGGUGCAGGACAGAAGCCCUGGAGGACAGCGAAGAUGAGGAUGAGGACUUUGUGGAGGUCCCAGAGAAAGAGGGGUAUGAGCCUCAUAUCCCCAACUACUUACGAGCUGAGUAUGGGCUGGAGCCAAAGGCCCCACUGCAAACUCCAGGAAAAGGCACAGCUGUACAAGUCUCACAGGGGAGGAGAAGGAUAAGAAGAGAGGAGGAGGCAUCAGACCCUACCUCUGCUGCCGCCCAGCUGUUGAGGCUCCAGGACCACUUGCCUCCCACCCCGCUGUCAUCCCCCAGGGUACUACUGGGACCAGAGGAGGAUAAGAAGCUGGCAGCAGAGCGAGUCCGGGCACCCAUUGUACCCUUUGGAGUGGACCUGUGCUACUGGGGCCAGGAGCAGUCAGUGGCUGGAAAGAUAUUUAAAUCUGACUCUCAACACCGAUUCUGGAAGCCCAGCGAGAUGGAGGAGGAAGUAGACAAUGCUGAUGUCUCCGAGAUGCUCCACAGCAGACGCAUUCCCUUUCCAGGGACAUUUGAGCCUGUGCAGCACCGGUGCCGGGCCAGAAGGCCUGAUGGCAGGCUUUGUGAGCGCCAAGAUCGGCUGAAGUGCCCAUUUCAUGGGAAGAUUAUCCCCAGAGAUGACGAGGGGCAGCCCAUCGACCCAGAAGACAGAGCCCGUGAGCAGAGGCAGAUGCUACAGCAGAAGGCACACCCAGACUGGCAGGACCCUGAGUUUAUGAAGGAUGUGGAGGCAGCCACAGGGGUUGACCUUGGCUCAUCCAGGUAUAGCAGGAAGGGCAAAGGAAAGAAAAGGAAACAUCCCAACCUCACUGACCUGCGAGAGUGUGCCAACACUGCCCGGGCCCGCCUUGAGAAGAAGGUCUUUGCCAAGGCAGCAGUGCAGAGGGUGGUGGCUGCCAUGAACCAGAUGGAUAGGAAGAGACAUGAGAAGUUUGCAAACCAGUUCAACUAUGCACUGAAUUGAAGGCUUGUGCCAGCUGUGCUGUGCUCCCCUAGGUCGUCAGUUCUUGGCCCUCUGCCAACAUCCUAAGAUGAAAUAGUGGCAUGGGUCUGAGCAGAAUCAAAUAGGAAAUGAUGCACCAAAGUGCCCUUCACUUUUGUAUUACUCAGUGGUAAGGCCCUGAGUUUGAGUCCCAUCACCAAUGGUACAAAUUCUUAGCACUUGGGAGACAGAAGCAGGAGGACUGUGAGUUCUAGGUCACUAUGGACUACUUAGUGAGACUGUCUCAAAACAAACAAACAAACAAAUGGGUGAAGUGAUACACAUCUGUAAUCCCAGCAUUUAGGAGACAGAAAACAAGAUGAUCACCACAACAUCAGUGUUAGCUAAGUCUACAUAGUAAGUUCUAGUUCAGUCAGAAAUAUAUCCAUAACAAGACCCUGUCUCAAAAGAAUAGCCUCUUUACAGAAAUGGGGGGUGAGGUUGGGGGUGAAGCACUUCAUUCAGUUGCAGGUCUGAUUUUGGAGCCCAGGGCUGCAGACAAGGGCAGUUUGUCCCCAGUGGGGCAUCUUCCAAUUCAGACCUGUGCACUUGGUGCUGCCUUUAGAACCAAGGGAUGCACAUGGUUCAGUGUCCAGAGCUUUGUGGAUGUGCUAUGUUUAAUAUAGCACAGUGCCUGGUGGUGGUUCUAGGUCAGAACAUAGCGGGCUCUAUCUGGAAAGGUUCUGAUGAGAUCUAACCCACAUAUGCAUAUAGUGUAGCCCACCCCUUCAUCCCAGAAUGGCAGUAAGUACAUGCACAGGUAUGUAGCCAACAGCACUAUCUGUUUCCAGAAAUUUUAUCACUCUAAAAGGAAUCCCCUGCUCAUUCCCCACCCCAACUCUGGCUUCUUUUCCUUAGCAUUUUGUUUUCAAAGUUCUGUGUUACAACACAUACCAUACUGUAUUCUUUUUUAUUGCCUAAUAAAAUUAUGGUGGGUAGAUGCA